AUGUGCAUCACCAGAAGUCUGACAUAUUUGGCAUUAUUGGCUGUGGCCAAUGCAUCCACUGCAUCUGAUCCAAUUGACUCGAUUUCAAGCCAAGGAGCUGAUAUCCUGAACCGUGCUAAACUUACCGGUCAGACCGUAAGACAAUGCUCAUGCACAGAACAAAGAGUAUGUGUGGAGGAAAUGAAAAUUCAAGCUAAGGACUGUACAGUCCCAUGUUUCCAAAAGUUUUCAUCUAUCACUUCUCGUCCAAACGAUUUGAAAAAAUGUUUCGAUGAGAAAGACAAUAUCCUCGAAGAUUUUCUGACCUGCUUUGAGAAUCGUGUUGAAGCAUGUGUCGCCGAUCAACAUGGACCACAAAUCCAGAAAACGGAUAUUCGUGGAAUUUUCAAAGUGACUGAGAAAAGUAUUGCUACCCAGACGAAUACAUUCCAAACAAUGAUUAAACCAAUCAAGCACAUUCUCGAUGCGACUGGUGAUUUCGCUCUCUGUGUCAAAGAUUGCUUUUUGGAGAAGAAUAAGAGUGGAUUCUGUUUUGAUAGAAAAGGAUGUCAACCUUUGGUUGCUGAGACUAAAGCCAGACAAUCAUUCCGUGCUUGCACCAAGAAAAUGCAUUGGAAGAGAGAAGCUGGAGAGCUCUGUGAAUGCUCAGUCAAUGCAGGAGUAGAAGAGCUUCGUCAGUACUGUGCCAUGUUCAAGCUGAUGGGAAGACGUGCUCCAAUGAGAAAAUCCCGUGGAUAA